AUGCGUUUCACCAACUUCGUUCUGGCAGCUGGCCUUACAGCAUCCGCCUUCGCAGCUCCGGUAGCUGUUCGAGAUGACGAUGAUAGCUGCGUUGCUGAUUACGAUGAGACCACUUCCGCUGCCGUUGUAGCGCAAACAACCAUGCCUUCUUCCUCUGCUGCUGUUGUAGCCGCCACUUCCGCUAAAUCUUCUUACGUUGCACCAUCAAGCAGCGCCGUUGCUUCAGUUAAAGCUACAUCAGCCGCUAGUUCGGUCGUUGCUAGCUCUUCCAGCAGCUCUUCAAUUGCCGCGGUUGUAACUUCAGCGGCUAAGUCCUCAGCAGUCGCCACAUCCACCAAGGUCGCUGUCGCCAAUAGUGCGGCCUCUGCCGCGACAUCGUCUGGCAGCACUGCUUCUGAAAAAUUGCAAUGGAUCGGAGCCAACGAGUCUGGAGCUGAAUUCGGAGAAGGAAACCUCCCAGGUGUCGAGGGAACCGAUUACACCUUCCCAGACACCGCUGCCAUUCAAACUUUAAUCGAUGGUGGCAUGAACAUUUUCCGUGUUCCAUUUCUCAUGGAGCGUAUGGCUCAAGGUACGAUGACGGCUACCAUCGAUGCAACUUAUCUUGCUAGCUACAAAAAAGUCAUUGAUUUCAUCACCGCUGCUGGUGCCCACGCAGUUCUUGACGCCCAUAACUAUGGACGUUAUGAUGGAACUGUUUUCACUUCCACCUCUGACUUUGGUACCUUCUGGACCAACCUCGCCACCGAAUUCGCUGGCAACGAUAAUGUCAUCUUCGAUUGUAACAACGAGUUCCACGAUGAACCUACCUCAACCAUCUUUGCCGAGCUUGACCAAGCUUGUGUUACUGCUAUCCGUGGCGCUGGCGCAACCUCCCAAUACAUCUUUGUUGAGGGAACUUCUUACACCGGUGCCUGGACCUGGACCUCAUCUGGAAACUCCGUCGCCAUGCUGAACAUCACCGAUCCCGAAGACAAGCUUGUCUACGAAUUCCAUCAAUACCUCGACUCUGACGGAUCCGGAACCUCGGAUACCUGUGUUAGCAGCACCAUUGGUGCCGAACGUGUCGCCGAUGCCACCGCCUGGCUCAAGACCAACAACUUCAAGGGUAUCUUGGGAGAAUAUGCUGCUGGCGUUAACGCUAAUUGCGAGGCUGCUGUGUCGGGUAUGUUGGAUGCUUUGGUGGCUGAUAACGAGAACUGGUUGGGUGCUAUGUGGUGGGGUGCGGGACCAUGGUGGGGUGAUUAUAUCUAUGCUUUCGAGCCACCUAAGGGAGCGGCUUACACUCAAUACUUUGACACUGUUGUCAGCUAUGUCGCAUAA